AUGGAGUUUAUAUGUUCCUAUCCUAGUGGACUGCGGAAGUCAGUCACGAGACUUUCCUGUGUUGGUCGUGCUCUCGCCCGAUUUCAUAACAAGUUCCUUCAAGUUGCUGAUUUGAUGGACGACAAUGCGCAGGACGGAUUUGAGUUGCUCCCAACCAUAUUUGAUUAUCGGCUGAUAGACAGUAUGAUGAAGGACACCGCGGUAUGGAUGCAUUCGCAGAGCAGAGGUUUCGUUGACCUUGUAAACCACAUUCUCGUUGGAACAUCUGGAUCAUUCCCCUCAUACUUCUCACUCGCUGCAGCUGGCGCCGUAACUAUGGGUCUUGGUUACUAUCUCACGAAGAAUAACAAUGGAAGAAUCACUCCUCUGGUGGACCCUUUGAAUCAAACUGUCGAGCAGGAGGAUGAAUUGCGUCAAGCAACUCAGCAGAAUUGUCCACAAUCUGGAGAAAACCCGUCGAAUUUACUGAGUGGUCAGCAUUUUGAUAGUUUAGGAAUCUUUCGACAAAUGUAUUCUGUUUAG